AUGGCUACCUAUAGGCACAUCAAAGCCGAGCAUGAAGCAGGCCAUCGGACCAAAGGCGCAUUGGAGAACGCCAUUGACGGGAUGAGAAAGAAGAAGACGGAUGCGAAGGAUUACAGUGACAGACUCCGAGAUGGCGAAAGGAAAGAGAGGGAGAAUAUGAAGACAGAUGCGAAGGAAUAUAAUCACAGAUCAAGGGAAGGCGCAAGGAGAGAGAGGGAGAAGAUACGAAAGAGCGAACCAGAGCGUGUCAGAUGGGCCGAACGGAAGCCUGAAAAGACGCGGGGCGAUGAAUUGAAACAAAAGGUUGCUGAAAAGGAAGCAAAGGAACGCCAUCGUCAUGAACAAGACGAGCGCCGCCGUGAAAACGAGAAACGAUUUGAACACGAAUAUCGUGAGAAACGACGACAAGAGGAAGACAGGAAGAAGAACCGUAGCUCGCCGAUUCCUGAGAUUCGAGUUGAGCCCCCUACGGCUAGUGGGACUCCCCGCCGUGAACAAGACGAGCUUCGUGAGAGACAAAGGCAAGAUGAGAAGCGAAAGCAAACCGAGGAACAAAGGCAGGAGGAGAAGUACUGGCAGGAUGAGAAGUACUGGCAGGAUGAGCAGCGGAGGCAGGAUGAGAAGCGGAGGCAGGAUGAGAAGCGGAGGCAGGAUGAGAAGCGGAGGCAGGAUGAGAAGCGGAGGCAAGACGAGAAGCGAAGGCAGGAUGAGGAACGAAGGCAAGCCGAGAAGCGAAGGCAAGAGGAAGACAGGAAGAAGAACCGUAGCUCGUUGGUUCCCGAGGUUCGUGUCCAGCCUCCUGCAUCUAGUGGGACUCACAUUCUCCAGUCAACUCCGGUGGCUCGCAAUUCUCAGGCCCCUACUGCUCCGAAAUAUCCUCCUCCACCGGCUCCAAGACAGCCGAGCAGACCUAUCCGGCGCAAUACUCCUCCCAAUCGUACAGCCCCAAUUGCUCCAGUAGCGCACGACUGGUAUGCGCAACCUCCUGCUGAGGAAGAGCAAGACUGGUAUGUACCACCGGCCCAGCCUCCGGCGUCUGAACAUGGUGCAGCAGCAGGCUUCUACGACCACGCUCCAGGUUCGCCGAUGCCAGGGAGCUAUGGAAAUUAUGGAGACCAUGAUUAUCUGGAGCAUGGAGGGGAUGAUGAACAGCUCGCUCAUGAUCAAGUGCCGUACCUGGGCACACGCCCUUCCCCUGUUAUGGCAGCUCAAUAUGCUGAGAGCGUCCCUUCGCCUAUCAUGGCUGCACAGUAUCCAGAGCGCGUUCCUUCUCCAACUAUUGUCGCUCAAUACCCAGAUACGCCUCCUUCUGCUAUUAUACCUUCAUACGCAGAUACACCUCCUUCUUCGGAUGUAUCAGAGGGUGCUUCAGGGUCGUCGUCACCAAUUAUGUCGCAUGCAAUACGCGCUCCUUUGCCACCAAAUCGUUUCUCACCCGAAUUCUUACAAAGCAUACCGAUGCCAGCUCCGCAGCAAGCGGCAUCUCUCCCAAUCCCACCACCGCCACCACCGCCCCCUCCUCCAGUUCCACCUCCACCUCCGCCUCCACCAGCAGCAGCAAGACCACCUCCACCUGGGUCCCCUCCACCACCCUCAGCAGGACCACCCAAUAUGGCCGCCAUUUUUGGCGAUAUCCUUGGCCCACGCAAACUACGUAGUGUGGCAGCUGAAGAGAAGAAUGACAGUAGUGACCCGAGAGCGGGUAAGGUAUUGUACGAAGAAACAGCACACAGUCGCGAGGUAGAAGAGCACGAGCGAGCUCAAGUCAGGGACGCUGGUAACCGUCUGCCAGUGUCAGGAGCUAGUGGAUGGAGUACCGCUUACUCCGCAAAAGAAGAAGCCGAUGAUCGACCAGAGCCGAACAGGGCGUUCAGAGAGGAACUAGCGAGGAGAUUGGGCCAAGGUAUUGACACUUCUACGACACGGACUCCAAAAGGUCCUGGUGAUAGCUUACUAACAGCAGGCUCUAGGACUUCGAUGAGUGCCAAUGUGUCGCGGAAGCUGCAGGAUGAGAGUACGUUGACAGAACUCUAG